CACUUUCGUACUGUUUUUUGACACGCCUUCUCGAUAAUCGUUUAAUUUUUAAUUAAAUUGUGUGUGAUUUUGUGUGUUAUUCAUCAUUAUUUGACACCAUGACGGACACCUACGGAACCCUGCCUACCGGGGGCAUAACCCUCAAAUGGGACCCCAAGAACCUGGAGAUCCGCACCACGUCGGUGGAGCGGACCCUGGAGCCCCUAGUGCUCCAGGUCACCACGCUCGUGAAUAGCAAGGACAAGCAGGCUAAGAAGAAGAGACCCGGCAAGUCCAAGCGCGCGAGCGCUCUAGUGGCCACCGUGGAGCGAGCCACCGAGAUCUUCAUAGAGCGGGGGCAGACCAUCGCCUACGAGAACCCUGAGAUCACCAGGGAGAUGCUGGCUGCCGUGGAAGAAGUCAGGAAGGCUGGUGCGGCCAUGAGUCUCGCAGCGCGCGAGUUCUCUGAGGAGCCCUGCGCCUCGGCGGUCCGCUCCUCCAUGGUCCGCGCAGCCCGCAACCUGCUGUCAGCUGUGACCCGUCUCCUGAUCCUGGCUGAUUGUGUGGAUGUCCACCAGCUACUGUCCCGCCACCGAGCCGUGGAAACGGACCUGGACAAGCUGAAGUCGGCCUCCUCGCAGUCCGAGCUGGUGGAGUGCUCGCGGCAGCUGGGCCGCUCCGCCGCCGAGCUGGCCGCGGCGGCGGCGCGGCGCCAGCACGAGCUGAAGGAGCCGCGCAUGAAGGACGAGCUGGCGGCCGCCCGCGCGGUGCUCAAGAAGCAUUCCACCAUGCUGCUCACCGCUUCCAAGGUGUACGUCCGCCACCCGGAGCUGGCGGCCGCCAAGGCCAACCGCGACUACGUGCUGCGCGCCGUGUGCUCCGCCGUCGACACUAUAGCCUGCGUCGCCCAAGGCAGAGCCCUACCCAACGCUACACCUGCUGGAGGCAACGCCCGCCCACCAGUCGAAGGCCCCGGCGAGCUCGCGCAAGCCCUGGACGACUUCGACGAGCGCAUGGUCAUGGAGCCCCUCGCCUACUCCGAGCUGCGGACCAGACCCUCGCUGGAGGAGCGGCUCGAGUCCAUCAUCUCCGGAGCGGCCCUCAUGGCGGACAGCUCCUGCACCAGGGACGAGCGUCGCGAGCGCAUCGUGGCGGAGUGCAAUGCGGUGCGUCAGGCGCUGCAGGAUUUACUACACGAGUACAUGACCAACGCUGGAAAGCCGGAGCAGUCCUCAGGCCUCGAGCGCGCCAUUGAAAACAUGUGCCGCAAGACCCGCGAUCUUCGUCGGCAGCUACGCAAGGCUGUCGUCGACCACGUGUCCGACAGUUUUCUGGAGAGCAAUGUGCCCCUCCUGGUGCUGAUGGAGGCUGCACGCAACGGCCAUGAGAAGGAAGUCGAGGAAUACGCCAUCGUCUUCACCGAACACGCCAACAAACUGGUCGAGGUGGCUAAUCUGGUGUGCUCGAUGUCGAACAAUGAAGAUGGCGUCAAGAUGGUGCGCCAUGCCGCCGGACAGAUCGAGGCGCUCUGCCCGCAGGUGAUCAACGCGGCCCGCGUGCUCGGCGCCCGGCCGCGCUCCCGCGUGGCGCAGGAGAACGCCACCGCCUUCGCGCGCGCCUGGGAGCAGGCGGUGAGGCUGCUCACCGAGGCCGUGGACGAUAUCACUACUAUCGACGACUUCCUGGCCGUCAGCGAGAACCACAUCCUAGAGGACGUGAACAAAUGUGUGGUCGCGCUGCAGGAGGGAGACCCGGACUCGCUCGAGCGCACCGCCGGCGCCAUCCGCGGCCGCGCCGCCAGGGUGUGCUCCGUGGUGACCCAAGAGAUGGACAACUACGAGCCGUGCAUCUACACCAAGCGCGUUCUAGAAGCGGUCACCGUGCUCAGAGACCAAGUGAUGUCAAAGUUCGCCGUCCGCGUGGACGCGGCGGUGUCGGCGCUGGGCGGCGGCGCCGGGCUCGACGAGAAUGAGUUCAUCGACGCCUCGCGGCUCGUGUACGACGGCGUGCGCGAGAUACGCCGCGCCGUGCUUAUGAACCGGGAGGAGGAAGAUCUAGACCCUGAGGACGUGGAGCUAGAUGAGCAUUACACUCUGGAGACUAGGAGCAAAUCGAGCGCGCACACCGGCGAACACGGUGUGGACGAGUACCCUGACAUAAGCGGCAUCACCAACGCCAGGGAAGCCAUGCGCAAGAUGACAGAAGAGGACAAGCGCAAGAUCCUGCAGCAGGUGGAGCUGUUCCGCCGCGAGAAGAUGACGUUCGACAACGAGGUCGGCAAGUGGGACGACGCGGGCAACGACAUCAUCACGCUCGCCAAGCACAUGUGCAUGAUCAUGCUCGAGAUGACGGACUUCACCAGAGGCCGCGGUCCUCUCAAGACCACGAUGGACGUCAUCAAUGCCGCCAAGAAAAUCUCCGAAGCCGGCACCAAGCUGGACAAACUCACGAGGGAGAUCGCCGAACAGUGUCCAGAAUCUUCGACCAAGCAAGACUUGCUUGCAUACCUCCAGCGCAUCGCCCUGUACUGCCACCAGAUACAGAUCACCAGCAAAGUGAAGGCCGACGUCCAGAACAUCUCCGGAGAGCUUAUUGUCAGCGGGGCCGACGUCCAGAACAUCUCCGGAGAGCUUAUUGUCAGCGGGCUCGACAGCGCGACGUCGCUCAUCCAAGCGGCCAAGAAUCUUAUGAACGCCGUGGUGCUCACGGUGAAGGCGUCCUAUGUGGCCUCGACCAAGUACACCAGACAGGGAACCAUUGCUUCCCCGAUAGUGGUGUGGCGCAUGAAGGCGCCGGAGAAGAAGCCCCUCGUGCGGCCGGAGAAGCCCGAGGAGGUGCGCGCCAAGGUGCGCCGCGGCUCGCAGAAGAAGCAGCCCAGCCCCGUGCACGCGCUCGCAGAGUUCCAGUCCCCCGCCGACAGCGUCUAGUGUGGAGAAGCUGAUAACCAGCACACAUCAGCAUCACGAAGUAGAGAAUUAUAAGCAUUUGUUCAAUUCUAAGCUCAUAUUUAUAUUCCAAAAGUGUGAUUUUCUUUUAAUGUAUUGGAAAGAUAUUUUUUAUAAUUUUUAUUCAAAUUAUUUAAUCUUAUUUCGAUGAGAAAUAUGUAAUCACAUAGUGUGUGACUUUUAUAUAUGUUGUCUAUUAAGACCACAUAUAGCCAAUGCGAAUUAUACGACUUGCUAUUUUAAAUGACUAUUAUAUAUAACAAGAUUUACAAGCAUCACAUAUCCAGCUAAAAAAAAACGCCGGUAGCCUAGCGAUUCGAGCGUGCGACUUUCAAUCCGAAGGUCGCGGGUUCAAACCCCGGCUCGUACCAAUGAGUUUUUCGGAACUUAUGUAUCAUUUGAUAUUUACCAGUUGCUUUUCGGUGAAGGAAAACAUCGUGAGGAAACCGGACUAAUCCCAAUAAAGCCUAGUUUCCCCUCUGGGCUGGAAGGUCAGACGGCAGUCGCCUUCGUAAAAACUAGUGCCUACGUCAAUCCUUGGGAUUAGUUGCCAAGCGGACCCCAGGCUUCCAUGAGCCGUGGCAAAAUGCCGGGAUAACACGAGGAAGAAGGCAUAUGCAGCUUAAUCUAAAAAUAUAUAAAAUGGUACUAGUUUUAACAGUAUUAUUUGACAAUAAUAUGACUUACUAUUAAUAUUAUACUUUAUUGACAUUUGUAUCGGCCAUCUGUGCCUGAAUCAUUAAAAAAUAAAAACAAUAAUACAGCAAACAAAUCAGGAUGACUUUAACAUUAGGUUAAAAGGUUAAAUAGUAUUAAAGUUUAUGUUUUUCAAUCCGAUUAAUUUUGUAUUAAGCAGAGGCGUCUACUAACGAUACCACAACGAGGAAAAUAAAUACUACCUCGGGCGAGACACGAACCCGCGACUGCGGGAUAAAAGCCCGCUCUACCAACUAUGCUACCGAGACUCGCCUUUAAGUAUUUUUGUAAUUUUUACUUUUAUGCCUACAUUUUCAUAUAGAUUUGGUUAUAUAUUUCUCAUCCUUUAGUUUAAGUAUGAUUUGCGUUUUGGUGUAACAAAUACAAGGAAGCUAUCAAUGAUUGUGUGACGCCUAACGUACAAUAAGGCAGCCAAAUUUUGUAUCCGUAGGUAAAAUUAUACUUUACACCGUCACAUCAAACACUAUAAAGGGGGUAAUUUAUUACCACACAAUUAAAUAAACAUAGAACACUAAUUAAGUUUAAAAAUAAUAAUAAUAUCUAUAAAUAAACUUAAAAUAAAGGCCCAAUAAAUAAAACACAUCCUCCAAGUCACUGCCGAUUAGGGUUACCAGAUACAAAUUUAGAUUUCCUGACAAAAUUCCUGAUUUCCGAAUAUUUUUCCUGACAUUCAUUAUACAUUUAAGUUUUAUAAAAAAAAAAUAUUUGUAUUAAUUUAAGUAAAUAAAAAGGUCUAUCAAUUCAAAUAAUUCCUGACAUUUUCGUGUUCCGUCCCCAUUCCUGACAAAAGGCCACAAUUUCUGACAUGUCAGGAAAAUUCCUGUCAUCUGAUAACCCUACUGCCGAUGGGCAGUGUGCCCAGAAGGCUGGCCACGUUGUAUGGCAAUGCUAAUGCGUUGAGCAAAAUACUGACCAGCCCUCUGGUCCCUUGUGGCGUCUAUACAAUCUAUAAAUCAUAGUUAUACAUUCUAUAAAGUGGAAAAGUUGAGGUUGAGGCCAAAAUAGCAAACGAAUUUUUAGAAUUUUUAAUUAUAGUUAAAUUCAAAUAAAUUUUAAAUUAAUAUUUGGGGACAAUCUUACACAGAUCGACCUAGCCCCAAACUAGGCAAAGCUGGUCCUAUGAGUACUAGGCGACGAUAUACUUACGUAUAUAAAUAAAUACAUACUUAUAUACAAAGAAAAUAGCCAUGACGCCCAUGACUCAGGAACAAAUAUCUGUGUUCAUCACAAAAAUAAAUGCCCUUACCGGGAUUCGAACCCGGGACCAUCGGCUUCAUAGACAGGGUCAAGAUAAUACUCGUAAAAAUAACUUUAUUUACGACUAAAAAACAAUGUAAACCCUGAAAACGGGACAGUUUUUAUUGAAAUAGCCAUACAUGGUGAUCCGUUUCGAAUGCUUUUACGUGUAGUUUGUUUUAACGGUGUAAAGUUUGUAGCAUAUUUAACAUAACUAUGAAUUAACGAAUGUAACGAAAAGUAUUAAAAUUUAUAUUAAGGUUAAAAAAGAGCUGUUCGUUUAAUUGUUAUUACAAUUUAUUUAUAUUUUAUGGUUAAGUUACUUAAGCAAUAUUACUAAAUGUUUAAUUUUUCUUUUAAUUUCACGUUUAUUAUUUCAAGCAGAACACUUAACACUUUUGCUGCGGCAAUUUGUUAUGUAAAAAAUGAUUUUGUUCGGGUUUUUUUUCUGACAUGAAGGUUUAGUAUGUUUUCUAUGGAAAUAGGUUAGUGUUGACUUCUUAAACCAAUUUUCAUUUUUGAACAGUUGGUAACGUUUAUUAUGGAAGGCCCCUAAACUCAGUUAAACAUACUGCAUCGGACAGAAUCGGCCCGUCGCAGCAAACGUGUUAACCUAGGCUUAACUAGCUUAGUGGUCUGUGCCCUAAAGUAUUUUUUUGUACUGGUAACUAUGGUAACUCUAGGUUUAACCGGUUAACCCCGGGUUAGUGGAAUGGUGCAAGUAGCCCUUAGUUUAACCCUUUUCCAGGCAUAGUGCACCUAGCGACCACAUACUCGCCAAUAGAAUUUCAACCUUAGGAAUCCGAUUUAAGGUUCAUAUUCGAUUAUUCUUCCGGGAAAAGUUACUUAGUUACUUAUCAUUAAAUGAAUAAUUAAAGCUGCAUACAUUUUAAUAUACAUAUUUGCAUUUUUUGGAAAAACCUUGUAGUUUGGUGCGGCCUGGAAAAGGGUUAAUAAAACUCCCAAAACCCGAUUUGAAUAUAAAGUUUUUUAUAACGAAUCCGAAAUUUUAGAAGGAAGGAAGGAGAGCGUCAAAUACAUGACAAAGAAUUGAAAAGUUUACCGGUAUGUUUAUUAAUGCAUUGCAUUAACAACUUACAUUGACAGCUGAUGUAGAUGGCGCUAUACGACUCCGUACAUAAUGCGGUAACUGGCUUUCAAAAGUUGACUGGUUGACAAUCCAGUGACACACAGCCCACAAAACAUGACGCAGUACAGCGCCAUUUAUUUCAGCUGAUAAACUAGGGGCACGAUAUUUUCUUAGACUCUUAACUCAAUAAUGUAGAUGGAAAGAGACAGGAUAUAUUUCUGUACUUUACCACACACUUUUUUAUAUAACUGUCUCAUUUCAAACAUAGACAAAGAUAAUCAUACUAUCUUUGUCUUACACUAGUACUAGCACCCAAAAGAAAAGGAUGAGUAUAGUUUUUUUUGUUCUUAUUUACUGACAAAUUUGGUUUGACAGAUUAUAUUUCAUGAGAUUUUUCAUUGACAAUACUCUAAUAAUAAUGCUACACAUUUAAGUAGUGAUAUAAUCAUUUUUAAUUGUUUAGUUCUAAGAGCAGCUCUCAAAAUUCACUAUCAGAAUUUAGAUAUAUGUAUUAUUAAGAUAUACAUAGCAAUACUUUAUAUUGACCGUGUACUUUAUGUAACCGCAUAUUGUUUUAUGUUUUGAAGUCAUUGACUAGCUUUACGGGCAAUAAUAAUGAGGCAUGAAUGGCGCCAGUACAGCGGUGUGACACCGCUACAACGCGAUUGGUUGAUGAGUUCGCAUCACGCGCGCUAUUGGUCGCAAAUAAGUUGCGUUAGACUACACGAUUGGCUGGAAUUCAUAAGUGACACCGCUUAACUAGUACCAUUUUUAGUGCCCGUAAGGCCAUUCCUUAGAUAUAUACGUCAAUGUUUGAAGUACAUUUUUAACCUUUUUUUAAAGAAAAACAUAGGUGUAAGUAGUUAAAAUCAGUACUUACCGGGAGACUAAAUAAUGAAAUGCCUAUUUUUAUUUUUCUUAAAUAUAAUAUUCAAUUUGUGUUUCAUACCAUAAUGAUCCAAAAAACUUCAUACAUUAUAAUUUACAAAAAGGUUAAAUUUGUACAUUAAUCAAUAGUUUUUGUAAUUUUUACUCAAAAGACGUCCGAAUAUAUAACCGAAAUAAUAUUUUUUGCCAUUUUGUUAGUUAUUCCUUACAAUAGCUCACUCACAGUUUAUUAUGAAAACAGUAUUAAAUAUGUAUUCUUGCCACAAUAUUGAAAUGUGUGACGUUCUACGACGAAAGGUACCUUAUUGCGGUCUGCGCCCCAAUACUAAUGUAAGCGCCGACCAAGGUAUCUUUCGUCGUGGAACGUCACAUCACAUAAUUAUCUUUAUCGGACGUCAUCAUAAAAAUAUUGUGAUUAUUUAAAAUACUUUAACAAUAGAUUAUUAUCACUAUUAGAUAUAAACAAUAUACUCUCUGUAUUUUAUCCCAAAAACAAGUACGUGCGAGUUUUGAAGAGAUAUUUUUUUAUGAUAUAUGUCGCAAACAAGCAUACGAAUCGCCUGAUGGUAAGCGACAACAAUUUUUUUUUCAUACAAAUUUUGGGUGUCAGUUUGUUACGGUCCAUACAAAAUAUAUGUGAAAAUGCGUUACAAAACUGACAUAUUCUUUGGGACACAUUUUUUCGUUUUAAAUCGAUAGUGCUCGUGAUUCUGAGUAGAAAUAACCCAAAAGUUAAUGGAUUUUCGGAAAAAAAGUAAAUAGUACACUUUUAAGUGAAAAUGCCCAUAAGUAGGUAUAUUUAUUGUUCAGAGAGUUAAACAUCGGAUCAAAACUCGCAUGUAUAAUUAAAGGCCAAUAAUUCACAUGGCGCGAGUUUCUCGUAAGAUUUGUGGGUGAAAAAUCGUGUCACAUUAUUGUAAACGAUUAAACGGUAUCCAGACGGGAUGAUCAAAUCGACCGAUCUGGUCAGAAAUGAAAUUGGCGUCAAUCUCCAAUUUAAUCACCGAUUUUAGAUUUAUGGUGAUAUUAGAGCCCUCGAAAUUGAAAAAAUGCCCCAGAACGAAAAUACUGACGUCACAAAUUGGUAUUCUUGCGUCCUCACCUCAUUUUAUCGGUAAUUAUCGGCGGUUGAAUUCGGCGAGCCAAAUUGGCGUUUGCGUCCGCACGUCCUGAUUCGAUCGGGCAAUUUAAUCAGAUUGGCGAAAAAAUUACUAGUCUGGAUACGCCUUUAUCUUACAAAACUCCGUGCGAGAAAUAAAAGUUAUGGCUAAAAUCGCCUUCGAUUAUAUCUUACACUUAUAAGGCGAAUAUAAAUAAUUGGGGGUCAGAAUUCUUUUUGUUGUCUUGUUUCUUACCACUCUGUCACGCUUCUUUUUUUGUUUUAAUCAAAUAAAUAAAAAAAGAUGCGUGGUAUCGCAUGUUUUUUAGCUGUAGAUUAUAAUUUUCUUGGGAAAAUUAAUACCUAAACUUCACCCCAUACAAAAAUCUCCACUCCGUCACAUGCAUUUUUGGGGACAAUAAAAAAAUUUUGCUCUUCUAUUUUACAUAUUACUUGUGUUAAGAUAACUGCUCAAAGCGAGAAACUCGUAUCUUGUGCAUGGGCCUAGGGCUAAUUUAGACGAUGCGAGAACUCGCAUGCGAGUUUUAUUACAUUGCGGGUUUUGAUCGGUCGGUUAAAUUGGACGUAACCCACAGUCCGUAAUGUAACUAAAAUCGCAUGCGAGUUCGCGCGCCGUCUAAAUCAGCCCUACUCUGUAUCUUCAGGUAUUUAAAUAAAAGUAAACAAAAUCUACCCUCAAAUGGCUCCUUAAGUCAGUUGAGGGUAGAUGAAAACAUUACAUGAUCAAAUAAUGUAGGUUAAAGUCAGGUCGUUCAGUGACUGAUCCAAGCGGUUUUGUAUUUGGUUGGUUAACCAAUAAAUGUUAUAACUACCCGAAAAUGUAAAAUAUGUUUGUUUACUUUUAUUUAAAUACCUAAACAGAGUAUAGUGUUUUGACAGCAAUAUACAUGUCAUUAAAUAUAAUCACAUUAAGAUAACUGUCUCAGUAGCGGUAAUCAAUGAAUUAGAUGAUAUUACUUUUGAAAAGUCAUACUCUGGAGGCCACUGCCACAGAGUAAGUAAUAGUACUACCGUACAGAAAGGACACUUCCUACAAAACCGAAGUUUGACAGCGGUUCAGGGACGAAUCAUGCUGUCCCUUAUGUAUAGUAUACUAUCCCUUUCGGCUAUUUAGAGUUGUUAAAAUUCAAGUGAUUAUCUUAUCUGUGGUCGUGCACGCAAAGGGACGUCAAGUUGUGGCAACCCUAAUAAUUGCUCGAGGAGCAAUGCUGGGCCGAACGGAGCCGAAUUUACCCGAAGUCAGAAUUGUCUCCCCACUGCCGGUACUGGAUGAAAGUGCCCGUUCCCGGGAAUUCUCGGAGCAUGCCUUAACUGUUACGCUAGGUAUGAACGCAGAUUUCAUUGGAAUAUCAGAUUCCACAUUGUCGCUGCUGAGACAGGAGCCUAAUAAGAUAAGAAAUGCAUUAAAAUAUAAAUAGUGUUAACGUUUUACCCGACAUUUUGUAAGGUUUUGCAGUUUUUACCAUUUUUCUACAACAUUUUACGAUUGAACUAGUAGUACAAUAAAAUAUGUAAUCUGAAA